GCUCCUUUAAGCGUCCACUGGCUGCCGAGCGGCCGCAGUCUCAGCUCUGGGCAUCUGAGGAGCCCCAGCGGCUUCGCCCAGGGAUCCGCGCGGGAGCCUGCGGUCUGGAUCCCAUCUCUUCUGUGCUAUCGCACCCUUGAAGUUUUGCAGCACCAGGAGAAGAGGACAAGGAAGAAGGAGAGGGGAAGCGAAAGCAUAAUCUAAAACAUCUACCUAAAGGAGAAAAGAAGAGGGGCGCAGAAAUGGCUGGGGCAAUUAUAGAAAACAUGAGCACCAAGAAGCUCUGCAUUGUUGGAGGGAUUCUGCUGGUUUUUCAAAUCGUUGCCUUUCUGGUGGGAGGCUUGAUCGGCUUCCCGGAGCACUUCUGGAAUUAGCAUAUUUUCUGGAACCUCACUAUUGCACAGAGGAGAUCCAAGAGCCCCGAAAGUGUCUACUGGAUAGUAGAAUGACCAGAGUUAGAGAAGUUGUUCAAACCAGAGUUUGUCUGAACUCCAGCACCAACCACAGCAGUGCCAUACAUGUCAGUAAAAUGUGUGGAUGUCCGUAAGAAUCACCAUAAAACAAGAUGGCUGGUGCCUUGGGGACCCAACAAGUGUGACAAGAUCCGAGACAUUGAAGAAGCAAUUCCAAGGGAAAUUGAAGCCAACGACAUUGUGUUUUCCGUACACAUUCCCCUCCCUUCUAUGGAGAUGAGCCCAUGGUUCCAGUUUAUGCUGUUUAUCCUGCAGUUAGACAUUGCUUUCAAGCUGAACAACCAAAUCAGAGAAAAUGCAGAAGUUUCCAUGGAUGUUUCCCUGGGUUACCGUGAUGAUAUGUUUUCUGAAUGGACUGAAAUGGCCCAUGAAAGAGUACCACGCAAACUCAAAUGUACUUUUACAUCCCCCAAGACUCUAGAGCAUGAAGGUCGUCAUUAUGAAUGUGAUGUCCUUCCUUUCAUGGAAAUUGGGUCAGUGGCUCAUAAGUAUUAUCUUCUAAAUAUCCGGCUACCAGUGAAUGAGAAGAAGAAAAUCAAUGUUGGGAUUGGGGAGAUAAAGGAUAUUCGAUUGGUGGGAAUCCACCAAAAUGGAGGCUUCACUAAAGUGUGGUUUGCUAUGAAGACCUUCCUCACACCCAGUAUCUUCAUCAUUAUGGUGUGGUAUUGGAGGAGGAUCUCCAUGAUGUCCAGACCCCCAGUGCUACUGGAAAAAGUCAUUUUUGCCCUUGGGAUUUCCAUGACCUUUAUCAAUAUCCCUGUGGAAUGGUUUUCCAUUGGAUUUGACUGGACCUGGAUGCUGUUAUUUGGCGACAUCCGACAGGGCAUUUUCUAUGCAAUGCUUCUUUCUUUCUGGAUCAUCUUCUGUGGCGAGCACAUGAUGGAUCAACAUGAACGUAAUCGCAUUUCAGGGUAUUGGAAGCAAGUUGGACCAAUUGCUGUUGGCUCUUUCUGCCUCUUCAUAUUUGACAUGUGUGAAAGAGGAGUGCAACUCACAAAUCCUUUCUACAGUAUUUGGACUACAGAUGUUGGAACAGAACUGGCUAUGGCUUUCAUCAUUGUGGCCGGGAUCUGCCUCUGCCUCUAUUUUCUGUUUCUGUGCUUCAUGGUAUUUCAGGUAUUUCGAAACAUCAGUGGAAAGCAAUCUAGUCUCCCAGCCAUGAGCAAAGUCCGGAGGCUGCACUAUGAGGGUCUGAUUUUUAGGUUCAAGUUCCUCAUGCUUAUCACCUUGGCCUGUGCUGCCAUGACUGUUAUCUUCUUCAUUGUUAGUCAGGUGACAGAAGGCCAUUGGAAAUGGGGUGGUGUCACAGUUCAAGUGAACAGUGCUUUCUUCACUGGCAUCUAUGGAAUGUGGAACCUGUAUGUCUUUGCUUUGAUGUUCUUGUAUGCGCCAUCCCAUAAGAACUAUGGGGAAGACCAGUCUAAUGGUGAUCUGGGUGUCCACAGCGGGGAAGAACUGCAGCUCACCACCACAAUCACCCAUGUGGAUGGACCAACUGAGAUCUACAAGUUGACCCGUAAAGAAGCACAGGAAUAAGAUUCUAUGGCACUGCACUGGGCUGCAAUUCUCUCUCUAUCCAGCCUCUUCCCUAGAGUGGGGAGCUGACUUAUACAGAAAACUUAGUGAAAGGUGAAUGCCUAGUGCUUCUUAUAUAUGGUUUCUUAGACCAAUGGAUGAACAUUUGUCUAACCUCAGACAGUGGCUUUUGCAAGACUUCUGCCACUAAUAUAUCAUGUAUGAUAACAAAAACUGGUAUGACAUAUUUUCUGUGAUCAUUGUUAGUGACAUAGCAACAUCUGUAGCAAGUGGGUUAGUAACCCUCACAUGGAUGGUUAUACUCUUUGGGAUGGUUUGGGCCAAUAGGGUCUAUAUUGAGUAGAUUGUGACUUUUUUUUCCUGUUUUAGAUUCUGGAAUAUGUUUAAACAUUGUUUUCAGUCCAACAUUUGCUUAUGUCAUAGACCUUUCACCCUCCUCCAUGGGCACUUUUUUUAUUAUUAUUUAUAACACACAAGUAGCCAACUGAGUUAUUAUUUAAGUUGUCAGUACAAAUCUGUCCAUUUUUUUAGUGGCUUACUACAAAAUAACCAAAUUUCAUGAAAAAUUAUAUCCUGCCAGAGGGAUUUCAGCUUUGAAACCAAAUCUGUGUAUCUGAUACUAAUAUGUCUGUUAGAUGUGGAUUUUGAGAAAUAUUUGCUAAACUACCCAAGUAGGAUUUCUGCUAUUAAAUGGCCUCUGGGUCCUAAAAGCUUUUUUAACUUCUUGCUUAAAAUGUGUUUUCUUUUGAUAAAAUUAUUCAAACAACUUCCAAAACUGUAAAUCCAACCAUUUGAAUAGAAUGAAUGUAAAUAUGUACUCCUUACUGCCCCAACCAUGCUCAGACAUGGAGAUUUAAGCUUGCCUUGAUCAUGGAGUGGCUUGGUGCUGGCAGAAAUAGCCUGACUAUCUAUUCCGGGAGGUAAAGCAAUACCUUCUGCAGCAGGCAUUAAGCCUUUCUAGGCCAACAAGGAAUAUGUGAGGUAUCAGAUGCUUUAGACUCUCAUGCACACAGAUCUCAAUCCCAUACCCCCUAAUAACUUGUGACAUUGUUUUUGUUUGUUGUUUGUUUGUACUUUUAUAAUGCUACAUAGCAUAGAAGAUAGAACAUUGAAUCCUGAAUUUAGAAGGUAGUUUCCUAUCAAAGGCCGGUCAUUCACUAGUUGUGUGACUUGCUCAAGCUAUCUGACAUGGCUAUUUUCUCAUCUAGAUACCAGCAUUCAUAAAAUGUGUGUUCAGAGUCACCAUGAAAAAUAAUUAAUGUACAUGGAAAUGCUUCAUCAGUUAAACAUUCAUAUAAAUGGAUUCACUUUGAAGUCUAACAACAAUUUCAUGAGAGUCUCAUUUUUUAGAUUCUGCUGACUGAAAUGGAGUUUGUGGUAUAUUCUUCUUAAAUUCAUCUACCUUGCAAAUCCCACCCUGCCUUUUUCCUAACUUUGGCUAGGAAACAGAGAAAACAGUUUGGCUAGUAACAGAGAAAACAGUUGUUUUUUUUUUUUUUUUUCUGUUGUUUUUAUGCCUUUUCCUAACCUGGUAAAUGUUGGAUAGGUAUGUGGUCCAUUGUACCUAACAUUUACUUACUAAUCUUACACUCAAGUAUAAAGAAUUAAAUGUACUGUGUUCCUGUGUUUCUAGUAGUGAAGAUAAACUUCAAGCACUA